AUGGAUGGCAGUCCUCUACAGGUGCUGACCUUACCUACAGCCCCAUACCCUGACCAGAAACCAGGGACCAAUGGGCUCAGAAAAAAUGUGUAUGUGUUCCAGUCCAACAGGAACUACCUGCACAACUUCAUUCAGAGUAUCUUCUCCUCCAUCGACCUGCGGGACCGGCAGGGGUCCACUGUAGUGGUGGGGGGCGAUGGACGCUACUUCAACAAAACUGCCAUCGAAGUCAUUGUCCAAAUGGCAGCAGCCAAUGGGGUGGGCCGCCUUGUGAUUGGUCAGAAUGGCAUCAUGUCAACACCUGCCGUAUCUUGCAUGAUCAGGAAGAUCAAAGCCAUCGGUGGAAUUCUCCUUACCGCCAGUCACAACCCCGGCGGCCCCAGUGGAGAUUUUGGCAUCAAGUUUAACAUUGCUAAUGGAGGUCCAGCACCAGUGGCUGUCACAAACAAAAUCUUCCAGAUAAGCAGGACCAUUGAGGAGUAUGCUAUAUGCCCUGACCUCAGAGUGGACCUAACAACCCUUGGCAAGCAAAUAUUUGACCUGGAAAACAAGUUUAAACCCUUUACAGUGGAGAUUGUGGACUCAGUGGAGGCCUAUGCCAAUGUGCUUAGGAACAUCUUUGACUUUGCUGUGCUGAAGGAACUGCUCUCUGGCCCGAACCACAUAACCGUCCGCUUAGAUGCCAUGCAUGGAGUUGUUGGUCCAUAUGUGAAAAGGAUACUGUGUGAGGAGCUGGGCUGUCCUGCCAACUCAGCCAUUAACUGUGUCCCUCAGGAGGAUUUUGGGGGCCACCAUCCUGAUCCAAACCUGACUUAUGCCUCCGACCUGGUUGACACCAUGAGGAGUGGCCAGUAUGAUUUUGGAGCUGCCUUUGAUGGUGAUGGUGACCGUAGUAUGAUACUGGGGAGGCAUGGCUUUUUCGUCAACCCUUCAGACUCUGUCGCUGUCAUUGCUGCAAAUGUCUUCUGCAUUCCGUACUUCCAGGUUUCAGGAGUUAGAGGGUUUGCAAGAAGUAUGCCUACCAGCAGAGCGCUUGACCACGUAGCCAGAGCCACCAAAAUCCAAAUGUAUGAGACACCAACUGGAUGGAAUUUUUUUGGGAACCUGAUGGAUGCUGGCUGGCUUUCCCUAUGUGGAGAAGAGAGUUUUGGCACAGGUUCAGACCACAUUCGUGAGAAGGAUGGACUUUGGGCUGUUCUUGCAUGGCUUUCCAUCAUGGCCACUAGGAGGCAGAGUGUUGAGGAGAUAAUGAUCGACCAUUGGCAAACAUAUGGUAGGAACUUCUUCACAAGGUAUGACUAUGAUGAGGUGAAUGCCCACACAGCAGUGGAGAUGAUGCGACAUAUUGAAGCAAUGAUUUUAGGUAAGGCGUUUAUUGGACAGAGGUUCAUAGUUGGGGAGAAGACCUACCAAGUGGAAAAAACAGACAACUUUGAGUACAGUGACCCAGUGGAUGGAAGCGUUUCAAGAAACCAGGGUCUGAGAAUAAUGUUUUCAGAUGGCUCUCGAAUCAUUUAUCGUCUUAGUGGUACUGGAAGUUCUGGGGCAACAGUUCGGCUCUACGUUGACAGCUAUGAGAGAGACCCACAAAAUAUAUUUCAGGACCCACAGGUGAUGCUGGCUGGGCUGGUCACUAUCGCUCUGAAAAUCUCACAACUUCAUGAGAGGACAGGAAGGAGUGGUCCAACAGUCAUCGCAUGA